CUGACCAGGCAGACCUGAGCAGCUUCUUCCGAAAACAGGAUUCUCCUGUUUGAAGCAAUGAGUGACUGCUUAUCUUUAUAGAACUAUAAAACUAUAUUUCCAUGCACUGUUACCUGUUUUUUCCUUUUCUUUUAUUGUAAAUGCCAGUUUCUUUUUAUUGUAAUGGAUGUUUCUUACUUCUUGUACUUCCCUUUGAAGGGCAAAAUAGUCUACAUGCAGUAAAUUGGAAGAAAUGGAAGAAAGGAAAAUCAAGAGGAGGAGCCCCAAAUCAUCUACCAGUCAUCCUGCUCAGGUUGCUAACUCCAAGAAAAGUUCAGUGCCGGUCAGUAAAAGUACAGCUUUUUCAAAUCCUGCACCACAGCCUGCAGUACAAAAACCAAAGUUAAAACGCGUAAUAAAAGAGAAAGCCAAACCUCCAGGAGGCGAAGCAAAAGGGGCACAGGCAGCACCAAUCCAGCAUUCAUUUCUCACGGAUGUAUCAGAUGUCCAGGAAAUGGAAAGAGGACUUCUGAGUCUCCUGAAUGACUUCCACUCUGGCAAACUUCAAGCAUUUGGAAAUGAAUGUUCCAUAGAGCAGAUGGAGCACGUGCGGAGUAUGCAGGAGAAACUUGCUCGCCUCAAUCUGGAGCUCUAUGGGGAGCUGGAAGAACUCCCUGAAGAUAAAAGAAAACUGGCCAGCGACUCCAACCUGGACAGGCUGCUCUCAGAUCUAGAAGAACUGAAUUCAUCUAUCCAAAAACUACAUUUAGCAGAUGCUCAAGAUAUUCCAAAUGGUGCCACAGGCUGAAAGAACAGCUUUGUCAAUUUGGAUUCUCCUAGAAGCUCUUCUUUUGUUUUUCCUGACAGUGGCAUCUGGAAC